AUGACCCCGAGCCAUCUACUCCGGGCAACCCUGCCUAUCCGGGCAAUUGCCCCAAUGGCAGCACGAUCAACAAUGCCUCUCUCGAUCCCUAGUCUUCGAUUCGCAUCGACAUCCUCCCAGACUCUCUCAAAACAAAAAUCCACAUCUCCUGCCUCAGGGCAUCUUCAACCCCCAACAUUGCUCCGAAGCUAUGCCUACGCCCUCAAGACCGGCACCGUCACGUCCGUCGGCCGCAUGGAACGCACCGUCACGGUCACUUAUCGCCAUAGCACCUGGGACAAGCGCAUUCGAAAGUAUUAUCCCGUCGAAACCCGCUACCUCGUCUCCGACCCGCGCGACUCCCUUCGCGAGGGCGAUGUGAUCGAGUUCUCGUCCGGUGCUCCCAAGAGUCGUCACGUGCACCACAUCGUCGAGCGUAUUAUCACUCCCUUUGCUGUACCCAUCGAGGAGCGACCGGCCGUCAUGUCGCGGGCGGAGCUUGAGAAGGAACGUGAGGCUCGCUGGGCUGCUAAAUACAUCCGGAGAGAGUCGAGGCGGCUGGGCCAAGAGGUCGAUCUGGUGGCUCCGGCGGCGAAGUUAGUAGGAAAGACAGCUGCGAGCAAGUUCUCAUCCGCUGAAUUGAUCCACCUGGUUCAUAAAGGCAAUGAGCGCGUGGGAAGGGUUAAGAGACUGGUUCUGGAACGUACUGCUCGCCAGCCCGAGGAGUAG